CACACAUACAGGAAGUGGAGGAGGUGGUGUAUCAUCCACUAUUUUCCGGUAAACGAGAGGAAAAAUGUGGCGCAGUAGAGUCGCAGCUCUGGACGAGAAGCGGUGAAAUGUGCGCAGAUAUCUGGAUCAGAUUUUCUUCCGGAUCAAAUAGAAGAACUUUAUAGGACAGCAUGUUCUCACCAGGAGUCACGGUUCAGCUUUUAAUUCUUACAUUCAUCGCCUUCACUGUAUCAGGUGUCCAGAAGCUGACUGUUACACCUGACAGAGGAACCAGCCUCAACAUCAGCAACAGUCAGGCCAAAGGUUGCAAAGUGUGCACCGGGGCAGGACGCUCACGAACAUGUAAUCAGUCCCUUGUGAUAAGACAGAGCACUUCUGUCACACUGGAGUUUGAAUGCUCCAGACCUCAAGAUGUAUUCAGCGUGGAAAUUGUGCGAAAUAUAGAAUGUACCACAAAGUUGUGCAAUGGCCACAUCAUCCAGGCUGACUCCAACUCACUUCCUCUGCUGGAUUUUAACCGCAAGUUCAUAUGGAACCUGAAGGCAUCUGCGCCGGAAGCUUUUAAAAUAGAUUUCAACAACUUGGGUAUGAGGCAGAUCAAUCCAUCGGAGAGAUGUCCAGACGGACACAGCUACACGCUGCAGGCCUUCCAGACUACAGGGAACGUGGCCGUAGGGAAAUACUGCAGAACGGGGCCGGUCGUUAGUGCUCAGAUACUGAAUCAAGGGAGCUUUUCUCUGGACGUCCCAGCAGGGCAGAAACUGCAAAAGGGCCAGUUUGAUGUGUCUGUCGGGGAGGAAAUCAAAUCCCUUGCCAAAAUUACACUGAUGGUACCAAAUGUGACCUGGUCCUCAGAGUUGCUCUCUCCGAAUUACCCUGACAGUUUUCCUGACGACGACUUGAUGCAGUGGGACUUUCGGGUCCCGGACAAACACAAGACAGCCAUUCAGUUCUUGAAUCUCACACAGCCACGCUGUCUGAAGAAGGAGACGGCGGCGGAGUACCACAACACAGGGAGAGUGGUGAUAGUGCGGAAAGUGGCGAUGGUGCGGAGUCUGACGGAGCCACAGCCGGACCACAUUCAGGGAAACUUCACCCUGACGCUGAGGAACUGCGAGAUGGACAGAAGAAGAGUUGGUUCUCCUGGACUGUCGCUAAACAUCAAGGUGUCUUCUUCAGCGUCGUGUAAAGUCGAUAUGAGCCAAAUGGAGGGCCUUUCUCUUCACAUCGAGAAGCUGAGACCGGCCUCUGACUGCCUGAUGAAAAUAAACUCUGUGCCAAAGGAUAAGAUCACAGCCACGUCAAGGAGUGAGCUGACUUUCCAGGACUGCACUCCUGAAGACGUACAAGUCACCGCAACCAGAGUCAUAGAGUGUAGUCAACUCAAAGACUGUCCGAAGAGGCCGUUCCGUCUGUCAGUGCCGGCGCCGCCGUCCUGCCUCCCCACUCCUCUGAGCAGUGUGACCUGGACUCUCCGUCCUCCUCAGCACGGCACAGUGGAGCUGAGCUCUCCCACUGAGUACCUCAAGCAGUCCCUUCCUGGGCAGAAGUGCAACGGCAGCGUCGUUAUCGAAGUGGCCGAAGACGACGGCGCUACCAUCGGACACUUCUGCCAUCAGGGAGCCAUUCAGAAGGUCCAAAUCCAGAGCAACGUGUCCGUCACCGUUUCCGGCGUGGAGGGUAAAGCCCUCGGGACGCCUGUCAACCAUGUGCUGCAUGCCAUUUUUACAGAGGAGAUAUCAGAAAACUACAUAUUCACUGUAGCUCCAAAGAAAGACACUCCUGUCCUUUUGGCCACUCCCAGUUGGCCAGCUGGAAUGAAGCCUUCCUCCACCGUCUCCUGGAUCGUCGCUGUGCCCCCGAAGAUGGACGCUCGCCUGAUGUUUGCCAACCUCAGCCAGCCCAAGUGCAAGAAACGUCACACUAACAUCAAGGUGCAGAGGGUCGGCUGCUCGGAGGAGGAGUACAGCCGCAGGGAGGACGAGGAGGCCGAGAGGGAGUUCACCGUCUCUGCGAACUUCUACCUCAACAUGUCCAACUGUAUACCUGAAAGAGGAGACUUCAGAGUCAUCACCAAGAUCACCCUGCAGAAGAGCAAGAACCUUCUGCUGACCAUCAUCCUGAGUGUGGUGGCUGCUCUGCUGGUCAUUUUUGUCAUCAUGCUGGUAGUUGUCUGUGUGGUGAUUAGAAAGAAGAAGAAGAAGCUGAAUCAUCAAGUGUCCAUCUACAAUCCAAACGGCACCAGCUUCCUGCCAGGACACAGCGGCUUCCCAAAAACACGCGAGGAUAACGAGUCCCAUGUGUACGCCUCCAUUGAGGAAACGCUGGUGUACACGGACCUGCUGAGGAAGGGGGCAGAAAUGGGCGUCUACGGAGAGUUUGACACAUACCGGCCCUUCAAGGGGCACACAGAGUCUCAAAAGCCACUGGUCUGUAGAGACACCGAUUCAGAAGACAUACCGGUCGGGACUUACCAGCAGUUUCAGGCUCCUCCGCUUCCCGUGAGGCCCCCGAGCCACGCCCAAUCCCUGGUGGAAAAUGUGAUUUACCAGAGUGACGGAGAAGAGGGCCACUCUUCGAAUCUGGGGCAGCGGCUGGAGCCAGAGGGAGGGAACUGAGGAGAAGAUUGGAUUCAGCUUUCUGCUUUUCUCUUGACCUACUUGAACUUUGAGAUAUUCAUUCCCUGGCAUCCUUGUGAUUACCUGCCUUGCAAGAAGCCUUUGUUUUUUCUCUAUGGCGUAGUUUUGCACUAAAGACAGGCACACAAAAUAACCCUGUUGAAUCCCCCCUGCAGCUGUUACCUUGUUUCAUCUCAGAUAAAGGCAGAACAUAAUCAUCCAGUUUGGCAAGUAUGAAAAGAUCUCUGUGUUAGUUUUAGGUAAUUCAUAUUUUUCAUUUGAGAUAUUUUGUACAUAUCAUGCUUGUUUAUGUGCUGUUAACAUGCAGUUUUUCAUUUUUAUCAUUAAACCAACGAAUAUAGAGGACUCCACUGCUGUUGUGAUACAUUGCACUUCUAUAGCAUCAUCACAACAUGAUGGCCUGAAUUGCAGGAGAUUGCAACAGCAGUGGAUGUUCACAGACUAGUAUCUUUUUAUUGUUUAUCACUGCUUUUACACCUGCUCUUGAGGCUUCUAGAUACUGUAGCAUUACAACAUAAAUGUGCCUUACAGAGAGGGCAAUACACUCAUCCCAAUAGGGUUUUGAAUCUUAAAGUUGUUUUAAGUUGUCUUUUAUUGUAUUUUUUUGGACCAAUUAUUUUUGUAACUUCAAGACUGAUCUGCUAGCUAAGUGAUGUAUUUCUGUGGUCAUUCAGGGACUUUUAUGUUUCUCUACUUGUGUCUCAUGUUGAAUGAGAAUCGGUAAUCAGAGACCAUAUUUUACUAUUUGUUCUGAAGAACAUAGAUCCCUUCUGACAUGAAACUAUAAUCCUUGUACACACUUAAUUGCAGUCUAUAAGCAAAAAUGUAUCUUUGUUGGUUGACUGAAUUGUGUUUUUAAUAACAGGUAGCUUUUAAAAGAGAGACUCUGCAAGGCAUAUCAUUUAACAUAAGUGUGAUGAGUGCUCGUGUGUUGUUGUGAAGACAGAGUCAGUUGUUCGGUUUGGAACAACAAACGGAUCUAAAAGGUCAUGGUUCACACCAAGUCAUAAUUACAGUAAGUCACAGUCAAGUAGAGGUUUUCUGUACAAUUUUUUACAUUAACUGGGAUAGAAAACAAUAAUCGUAUAUUAAGAUCUUUAUUUAAGGUAUUGAUUUCGACAUUAUGGCUGCCUAAGAAGAUGCCAGAAUAUAAACUAGUCUAAUUUGAGGAAAAGUGGGAUUCAAAUUUUUACAAUCAAACUAUUGAAAAAUACUUUAUAAAUUGUAUGUCGUUUGUCUCAUUAAGCCAUGUUGCCUCAUGCAGUUCAGAAAAUGAGCUGCAGAUGGCGACCAAGUUCCAAGUUGCCAUAAAUCCAUUUUCACUCCUGAAGAAAUAAAGUGUUUACUGUAAAA